UGCUUCAAGUACUCCAGAUCUCAACUCUCUCAAGAACUCAACUCCUUCACUACCCAGAUCUCUCUUUUUUCUAUUUCUUUCUUUCUUGGUUUCGGUUUUGUAUUCGGAUUCUCAAAAGAUAAUGGAGUCGGAGCAGCACUUGAAGCGGAAGAGAACGUACAGGCCUUACUCCCGAGCUCAGUUUUUGUCUCUCAGGUCCUUCAUAUUGUGCCUUUCUUUCUUCGCUUUCCUCAUGUUCUUGUCCUCCGAAUGGUUCCCAAUCCGAACGGUGUCGUUCCACCCCGUUCUCACCGUCCCAAGCAUUUCAAUCCUGUCCAAAACUUCCUUUCAAGAUUCUUUUCAUGGUAAACUAAGGCUGCCUUUGAGAGUUGAUGACCGUGUUUUGUUCCCCGAUCACUUGCUCUUGCUUGUAUCCGACAAGAUCCAUGAGGAUGACAAGUUGGACUGUGUUUACCACAAAGUUUUGAAUGACAAGGAUGUCGUUCGUCGAAGGGUUUUGUCUGUUGACGAAUUCGAUGGGUUUCGAUCGGUUGUUAGGUGCCCUAUUCCUCCUUGGAAUUACACGGCUGCCGCGGGUUUGAUGUGGAGAGGAGAUGAGGUUGAUGAUUAUGGGUGGUCUUUCAGGAGUAAUCGGACGGUUCAUUCAUGGGACAGAUUGGUUUAUGAAGCGGCAUUUGAUGGGAAAACCGCCGUUGUUUUCUCUAAAGGGUUGAAUCUUCGACCGCAUAAAGAAUCCGAUCCUACUAGGUUCAUGUGCCAAUUUGGUUUGAAGAACCGGGAUGAUCAAGAAGAUAGAGGGUUUGUGGUAAUGACUGGAGCAAUAGUGGCUGCUCAAGAGGUUGUUAGGUGUUCAUUGCCGAGGAGUAUAAGAAAUAAUCCGGAUUCCGCCCAGGGAAUUCGAGUUACUAUUGUACAUCACCCAAUGCCAUCGGCAGCUAGAACUCGCAAUUCCAGAUCCUAUCAGCACGGGAGGAAUCAGAGAAGGCAUAAGGAGAAUGUACCUAUGCCUUCUGUGGCUAAACUAUACAAUCCUACUUCCCACCAGACAAAAAGGAACCAGGGGAAAUUCGAGCUCUGCGCCUGCACUAUGCUCUGGAACCAAGCACCGGCACUGCAGGAGUGGAUUAUGUACCAUGCCUGGCUCGGAGUUGAACGCUGGUUCAUUUAUGACAAUAACAGUGAUGAUAGAAUUCAAGAAGUUGUCGAAGAACUUGAUUUUCAAGACUAUAAUGUUAGCAGACAUACCUGGCCAUGGAUUAAAACUCAAGAAGCAGGGUUUUCACACUGCGCUUUGAGAGCAAGAAAUGAGUGCAAAUGGGUAGGAUUCUUCGAUGUCGAUGAGUUCUACUACUUCCCUUAUCAUCACAGGAGAGGUUUACGGGGUCAGAACUUACUAAGAUCCCUAGUAGCAAAUUAUUCUUGGUCACCUACGGUUGCAGAGAUACGAACAGCUUGUCACAGCUUUGGACCAUCUGGAUUGAGCUCACCUCCAUUGCAAGGAGUAACUGUAGGUUACACUUGCCGGCUCCAAAGCCCUGAGCGACACAAGUCCAUCGUGCGCCCUGAUUUUCUCAACGAAACUCUUCUCAAUGUGGUGCACCAUUUUCAGCUAAAAAAGGGAUUCAGGUACCUGAAUGUUCCAGAAAGUUCUAUCAUAAUAAACCAUUACAAGUACCAGGUAUGGAAGACCUUUAGAGCAAAGUUCUUCAGAAGGGUAGCAACUUAUGUUGUUGACUGGCAAGAAAACCAAAACCAAGGGUCGAAGGACAGAGCCCCAGGGCUUGGAACCGAGGCCAUUGAACCACCGAAUUGGCGAAAACAGUUCUGUGAAGUGUGGGACACCGGUCUGAGAGACUUUGUCCUUGCAAAUUUAGCUGAUCCUGCCACUGGAACCUUACCCUGGGAGAAGCCUCUUCUGUAACAAGACCAAAUACGGUUGCUCCCAAGCUUGGUGCCCACGGAAAACACAGUAAUGACCACGACAAAAUACAUUCUUUCCAUUUUUCUUUGGUAUUUUUAUCUGAUUUUUUUAGAUAUGAGAUCAAUUGAUUAUAGGUUCUUAACACAGCUGUAAAUUUUGUGAUGAUGAAAUAACAUUUUUUCCCAUCUCUUUCAUCUC